CCUCGCUGGGGAGGCAGAGUCCUCGAGUGGCUUCCUGCCUUGCACACAGCCUGUGCCCUGGGGAGCCUGGCUUGCAGACAACAGCAGUGGUGUCCAUGGGCUCUGCGGACCACCAGUUCAACCUCGCAGAGAUCCUGUCUCAGGACUACAGCAUCCAGGAGGAGUGCGAGGAGGCCUCAAGGUGCUCAGGCAAGCCCGAAGGAGAACUGGAGAAAGACUUCAUCUCCCAGAGCAGCGACAUGCCCCUUGAUGAGCUGCUUGCCCUCUACGGCUAUGAGGCAUCAGAUCCCAUCUCAGAACGGGAGAGUGAGGGUGGUGACGUGGCGCCCAGCCUCCCGGACAUGACCCUGGACAAGGAACAAAUAGCAAAGGAUUUGCUUUCAGGCGAGGAGGAAGAGACACAGUCCUCAGCUGAUGACCUUACUCCAUCUGUGACCUCCCAUGAGGCCUCCGACCUCUUUCCUCAUCAGAGUGGCUCUCGUUUCCUGACUGAUGAAGACAAAGAGCCUGGCUCUUCAGCCUCCUCUGACACUGAGGAGGACUCUCUUCCUGUCAACAAGUGUAAAAAGGAGAUCAUGGUUGGGCCUCAGUUCCAAGCUGACCUCAGCAACCUACACUUGAACCGGCACGGUGAGAAGAUCUAUGAGAAUGAAGACCAAUUGCUCUGGGACCCCAGCAUCCUUCCUGAGAGGGAAGUGGAGGAGUUCCUGUACAGAGCAGUGAAGCGGAGGUGGCAUGAGGUGGCUGGGUCCCAGCUCCCAGAAGGAGAAACGGUGAAAGACAGCGAGCAGGCGCUGUAUGAGCUGGUAAAGUGCAACUUCAAUGUGGAAGAGGCCCUGCGAAGGCUGCGGUUCAACGUGAAGGUAGUCAGAGACGGGCUGUGUGCCUGGAGUGAAGAAGAGUGCAGGAACUUUGAACAUGGCUUCCGUGUACAUGGGAAGAACUUCCACUUGAUCCAGGCCAACAAGGUGCGCACGCGGUCAGUCGGUGAAUGUGUGGAGUACUACUACUUGUGGAAGAAGUCGGAGCGCUAUGACUACUUUGCCCAGCAGACACGGCUGGGCCGGAGGAAGUACGUCCCGUCCGGAACCACGGACACUGAUCAGGACCUGGAAAGCAGCGACCCUGAUGGCCCUGGCCGCUCACGCCCUGAGCAUGACACCCUGACAGGGCUGUGCACAGAGCCACUGAAUGUGGAUGGCACGGCCGGUGGUCUUGGUGAGCCUGAUGCGGGUGCUGAUGGCCUCCUGUCCUCAGAGCCAGGACCCUGCCCAUUCCAGCAGCUGGACGACCCCCCUGCUGUGCCCCUGCCCAGGCGGCCCCCAGCCCUGGCUGACCCAACCUCAUACCCAUCAGCCACUGCCACUCCAGAGCCAGAUGUCAGCCCGAGACUGGCUGUGGACUUCGCCCUGCCCGAAGAACUGCCCCUUAUCUCCAGCCGUGUGGAUCUGAGUGGAGACCCCGAGGAGGCUGUGGCUCCUGCACAGGUGGCCUUAUCAGUCACUGAGUUUGGACUCAUCGGGAUUGGGGAUGUGAACCCCUUCCUGGCUGCCCACUCACCGUGCCCUGCCCCUGGGCUGCACACAGAGCCCCUGUCACACUGUAAUGUGAUGACCUGUUGAUUCCUGGCCAUGAGUGGACAUGUGUGGCCUGGACUGGACUUGGCGCUGCCACCGGGCCAGCCUCUGUCAGUCUUCCUGACCCCUUCCUCCCUCAGGCCCCAGGGCAGCGCCUUCUCUGCUUCAGAACAUGUCAGGACCAGGGUGAGGUGGCCAGGUCUUAGGCCCUUGCCCCUCUCCACACAGACUGGACCCCAGGCCAUGUGGGUCCCCUCCCAUCAGCGCCUGGCACUGCCAUCCGGCGGGACCCCCUUUGCAGCAGGUUCAGAGAGGGCCUGGCCAUCGGAUGUAGGGCAGAGAUACUGCCUGGGCCUGUCCAGCCAGCAGAGACAAAAGGGGAGACGGCAGGAUGCCCUGCCCGCACCAGCAGCCUCCGCCCGGGGCACCCUCGGCCCUGCUUGCUCUGUCUCCCCACCCUGGCCGGGCCACUGGGCUACCCCAGCCCUGGGGAUCGGCGGGCAGCUGCUACUCAGUGCCAAAUCCCAGGGGCACAGAGCCAUAUACCUCGCUGUCCGCCCCCACCCGGCCCCACCCCCUACCCCUGUUGUCUCCACUUCAGGAAAAGCCGCACUUUACACCCCACCUGCCUCCUCCCUCUCUCCACCCCUGGUCCCAGAUCAGAGUUGGGCUGGGGGCCCCUUAGCAGCCCUGGGUGUGGGUUGAGGAGACAGGUCACCUAUACCCCUGCUGCCCUUCUCCUGGCACCAAGGCAGGGAGCCUUCCGAACUGACACCAAGGGGUCGGACUCUAGCCCAUUUGCCAGACCCUGUAGGUCUUUCUGUUGGAAGUUUCCCAGCAAGGUGGUUUGGGGUCCUUGUCCUCCUCUUUCCCCCCCUCCUUCGUUUUAUUUAUAUUUCUGUUUACAAGUUGGAGUGAGGUCCUCAGGGGCAGGGCAGCUUGCCCAGUCCUGCAUCAUCCAGAGUGUUGUUUUGCUCGAGCCCUUUUAGAAUUGGACUCGACCAUCCCUCACCCCCACCAAGGACCACACUGUGAAGUGAUAACUGCCUUGAACCCCUCUUGCUGUUUUAUUUAUUAAACUUGAUUUGAAGCC